AUGAUUCUAUACUUGCCUGGAAAGGAAUAUGAAAAAGUCAAAAGAUUAUUAAUAUCGGUGGUCAUCCACAAUAAAAUUUAUGGCUUCAAAAAAGAUGGUUAUCAAACUAAAUCUAUUUUACUAGAAGAUGGUAAUACUUGAGAUUCAUCAAUUAUAGAACUUUAUUUACAAUGUUUUUUAAUACCUGAGAUAAUCAAGAAUGCAUAUCUUAAAAAUUUACAUUAAUAAUUGAUGAAUUUACCUAGGCUACCCAUCAAUUAAAUAGCCUAACAUAACAGAACUUGA